UUCUGGGAAGGUGGCGGCGGCGGCGGCGGGCCCGGAGCAAGAUGGCGCUGCGGCCGGGAACGGGAGCUGGCGGCGGCGGGGCCGCGGGAGCUGGCGCUGGGGCUGCCGGGGGCGGCAGCUUCAUGUUUCCAGUUGCAGGUGGAAUAAGACCCCCUCAAGGUCUGAUGCCGAUGCAGCAACAAGGAUUUCCUAUGGUCUCUGUCAUGCAGCCUAACGUGCAAGGCAUGAUAGGAAUGAAUUACAGCUCUCAAAUGUCCCAGGGACCUAUUGCUAUACAGGCAGGGAUACCAAUGGGACCAAUACCAGCAGGAGGAAUGCCUUACCUGGGACAAGCACCAUUCCUAGGAAUGCGUCCUCCAGGCCCACAGUACACUCCAGACAUGCAGAAGCAGUUUGCCGAGGAGCAGCAAAAACGAUUUGAACAGCAGCAAAAGCUCUUAGAAGAAGAAAGAAAAAGACGCCAAUUUGAAGAGCAGAAGCAAAAGCUCAGACUUCUGAGUAGUGUGAAACCCAAGACAGGAGAGAAGAGUAGAGAUGAUGCUUUGGAAGCCAUAAAAGGAAACUUAGAUGGGUUUUCCAGAGACGCUAAGAUGCAUCCUACUCCAGCAUCACACCCUAAGAAACCAGAUUAUCCCACAUCAUUUCAUUCUGCUAAAACUGUCUCCCCAUCACCCGCCUUUCUUGAUGAAGAAGAAUUCAGUGACUUUAUGCAGGGGCCUGUUGAAGCUCCCACAUGUGGGCCUUCUUCCACUUCCCAGCCUUUUCAGUCUUUCCACCCCACCACCCCACUUGGCCAGUUGCAUGCUCAGAAGGCUGGAGCACAGUAUAUCCCUCCAGGCCCUUCCUUGGAGGAGAAGCUCCUAGUAUCUUGUGAUAUAAGUACAUCGGGGCAGGAACAAAUUAAAUUAAAUACUUCUGAAGUUGGGCACAAAGCCCUAGGCCCAGGUUCCAGUAAGAACCAUUCCAGUUUAACGGCCAAUAACGGGGGUGCUGUAGAUGGACGUGUAAGUGGUACCACUACCGCAGAGGCAGAAAAGACUUCAGACCAAAACCUGUCCAUUGAGGAGAGUGGUGUGGGAGUAUUUCCCUCACAGGAUCCUGUUCAGCCCAGAAUGCCUCCUUGGAUAUACAAUGAAAGUUUGGUUCCAGAUGCAUAUAAGAAAAUUUUAGAAACCACAAUGACUCCGACUGGAAUAGAUACUGCUAAACUUUAUCCCAUCCUGAUGUCAUCCGGACUUCCCAGGGAAACUCUUGGACAGAUAUGGGCCUUAGCUAAUCGAACCACACCUGGCAAACUUACUAAAGAAGAACUUUAUACUGUUCUCGCCAUGAUAGCAGUAACACAGAGGGGUGUUCCUGCCAUGAGUCCUGAUGCUUUAAAUCAGUUUCCAGCGGCUCCUGUUCCAACUUUAAGUGGCUUUCCUAUGACUUUGCCUACUGCUGUGAGUCAGCCAACUGGGAUGCCUUCAGGCCCGGCAGGCUCCAUGCCCCUCACCCUUGGACAGCCAGUCAUGGGCAUUAAUCUUGUUGGACCAGUCGGGGGAGCUGCAGCCCAGACUUCCAGUGGCUUCAUGUCAACUUACCCUGCAAAUCAGGCUGUCAAACCAGAAGAAGAUGACUUCCAGGAUUUUCAAGAUGCUUCCAAGUCAGGAUCCCUUGAUGACUCAUUCAGUGAUUUCCAAGAGUUGCCUGCUUCUUCAAAAUCAAAUUCUCAGCACGGAAACAGUGCCCCUUCUUUGUUGAUGCCACUUCCUGGAACUAAAGGAUCAGCUUCAGUGGAUAAAUAUGCUGUGUUUAAAGGAAUUGCAGCUGACAAGUCCUCUGAAAAUACUGUUCCAUUUGGAGAGCCUGGUGAUAAAUAUAGUGCUUUCAGAGAACUUGAACAGACAGCAGAGAGUAAGUCUUUAGGAGAAAACUUUGCAGAAUUCAGAUCUGCGGGAAAUGAUGAUGGUUUCACCGAUUUUAAAACCGCCGAUAGUAUCUCACCACUAGAGCCACCAGCAAAAGACAAACCUUUUCCGGCAGCCUUCCCCUCAGGAGCUAUCCAACAGAAACCACAAACACAAGUGAAAAAUCCUCUGAACUUAGCAGACCUAGAUAUGUUUUCCUCAGUUACUUGCAGCAGCGAGAAACCAUUGUCCUUUUCAGCUGCAUUCAGUGCAUCAAAAUCUGUUUCCUCACGACCCCAGCUUGCGGGAUCUGUGGCACCCAUGACGACUUUGGCGUCAACUAAAACUUCGAGUUUGGCUGAUGAUUUUGGAGCAUUCAACCUUUUUGGGGAAUAUUCUAGUCCAGCAUCUGUUGGGGAGCAGGAUGACUUUGCAGAUUUUAUGGCUUUCAGUAAUAGUUCUGUUUCAUCUGAGCAAAAGGCAGAUGACAAAUAUGAGGCCCUUAAAGAGGAAAGUAGUCCAGUUCCUCUAAGCAGCAGCGUGAGCAGCACAGUGAAGAAUGGCCAGAACUCUGCCGCUGCAUCUACCAAAUACGAUGUCUUCAGACAGCUCUCUCUGGAAGGAUCGGGACUAGGUGUUGAAGAGCUGAAAGAUAACACUCCUUCAGGAAAGAGCGAUGAUGAUUUCGCUGACUUCCACUCCAAUAAAUUUUCUUCCAUGAACUCGGACAAAUCCCUGGGAGAGAAAGCAGUGGCUUUCAGACACACCAAAGAAGACUCUGCUUCAGUGAAGUCCUUGGAUCUCCCUUCCAUUGGUGGCAGCAGUGUUGGCAAGGAGGACUCUGAAGAUGCACUCUCUGUUCAGUUUGACAUGAAACUGGCUGAUGUGGGAGGAGAUCUUAAGCAUGUCAUGUCUGAUAGCUCUUUGGAUUUACCAACAGUUAGUGGCCAGCAUCCUCCUGCUGCAGAUGUAGAGGACUUAAAAUGUGCUGCUUUUGGAACCUACAGUAGCAAUUUUGCAGUGAGCACACUUACGAGCUAUGACUGGUCAGACAGGGAUGAUGCCUCUCAGGGCAGAAAACUCUCUCCAUUUGUCCUCUCAAGGAGGCAGGGCCCAGCAGGAAGCAGGGCCUCCUCAGCUGCCUCAGCUCUUCAAAAGAAAGAGACUUCAUUUGGCAGUACAGAAAACCUCACCAUGACACCUCUCUCCAAAGUCACAACCUUCACAAGCGAGGAUGCUCUUCCAGAGACGACCUUUCCGGCUUUUGCCAAUUUUAAAGAUGUGACCCCACAGGCCAGCGAGCAAAAGGAAUAUAAAAGCGAGGACUACAGGGAUUUCACCAGACAGGACCUGCCUGCGGCUGAACGGUGCCAAGAGGCCACGUGCCCAAGCCCAGCCCCCAGCAGCGCUUCUCACGACACCCCCAAAGAAUGUGCAGAUGACUUUGGAGAGUUUCAAAGUGAAAAGCCCAAAAUCAGCAAAUUUGACUUUUUAGUGGCCAAUUCACAAGGCAAAACGAAAUCCAGUGAAGAAAUGAUCAAAAGUGAGCUGGCAACCUUUGACCUUUCCGUUCAAGGAUCGCACAAGAGGAGUCUGAGCCUUGGUGAUAAAGAAAUAAGCCGUUCUUCUCCUUCUCCGGCCCUGGAGCAGCCUUUCAGAGACCGCUCCAGCACACUGAGUGAGAAGCCCGCCCUGCCCGUCAUCCGCGACAAGUACAAAGACCUGACAGGAGAGGUGGAGGAGAAUGAGAGAUAUGCAUAUGAAUGGCAGCGGUGCCUAGGGAGUGCCCUAGAGGUCAUUAAGAAGGCCAAUGAUACCUUAAAUGGAAUCAGUAGUAGUUCUGUGUGCACAGAAGUAAUUCAGUCAGCUCAAGGCAUGGAGUACUUAUUAGGUGUUGUUGAGGUGUACAGGGUAACCAAACGUGUGGAGCUGGGGAUAAAAGCCACUGCAGUGUGCAGUGAGAAACUCCAGCAGUUGCUGAAGGACAUCGAUAAAGUAUGGAAUAACCUAAUUGGCUUCAUGUCACUCGCCACACUCACGCCUGAUGAAAAUUCACUGGAUUUUUCCUCUUGUAUGCUACGGCCCGGGAUUAAAAACGCUCAGGAGCUUGCUUGUGGGGUGUGCCUUUUAAACGUGGACUCCAGGAGCCGGAAAGAAGAGAAGCCUGCAGAAGAACAUCCUAAAAAAGCGUUCAACUCGGAAACGGACAGCUUCAAGCUGGCGUAUGGAGGACACCAGUAUCAUGCCAGCUGUGCCAAUUUCUGGAUCAACUGUGUCGAACCAAAGCCUCCCGGCCUCAUCCUGCCUGAUUUGCUCUGAAAUUUCCUGAAAGCUCCUGUGGGAAGUACUGCCACACCCCUUGGGGUGACAGGGACCAAUAAACAGAACGCGAAUGCUGCAGAGCUCCCCCCACCGCCAUCAGUCUACGUGAAGAAAUCCUCAGGAGGUGGCGGGGGAGGAGGUGCUACAGAAGUUCCCAGUCUUUCCCACCAACGACCUUUGCCCCCAGGUUCCCAAGGCCAGUCUUUGGGAUUCGCGGUAAAACUGCUCUACCCAAACUGCACUGGAAGUUUGCUAACUUAUCUCUAGUUCUCUUAAGAUGUUUUAAAACAUGUACCACAAUUUUCUUUAUCUAAGGAAUAUUUGCUGCUGCAGUAUUGAAACUGUGAAGAAUUGACAUUUGAAGAAAAAUAAAUUAUUGCUAUAGGACUGGGGUUGGAAGGA